AGGGGUUCAGCAAGUAGUGAUUGGAGUGAAGCAGGUUUAAACUUUUAAGAGGCGAAUAUAAGCGGUGAGUGGUUGGAUCAAGCGGUGCAAGUGGAAAUGAAAAAACCUGCAAAACAAAACACGCAUGGUUGUUUUUUUUUUCUUUUUUCCUUAAAUAAUAACGUGCAAAAGCGGCCAAAUGAAGUUAAGUUUUGAUUUGGAGCUAGGACUAAAAUCCCAGUUUGAGCAGCAGUGAUUUGGUGGGAGGAGCAGCUGCGGACGGCCCGGCUGAUCCUGCCUCAUGCCCGGGGGAGGGGACGCCUCGUCCGGAUACGUGGUGGGACUUGAGGCGGUCCUAGAGAGCCGCGCACCAGCGAACCUUCUGGGAUCUUCUAAAAGCCAAGGCUGACACUUAAAAAAACAUGGCCCCCUAUUCGGCUCCGUCUCGCCUCCUCUGCGCCUUGUCAGUGGCACUUCUCCUCUCCGAGGUGCACGCUCAGUAUGAAAAGUACAGCUUCAGGAGUUUCCCCAGACACGAGCUGAUGCCGCUGGAGUCCGCGUACAAGUACGCGCUGGACCAGUACACCGGGGAGAAGUGGAAGGAGACGGUGGACUACAUGGAGGUGUCGCUGCGCCUCUACCGGCUGCUGCGGGACAGCGAGGCCUUCUGCAACCUCAACUGCAGCUCCGUCAGGCUCGACGACGAGCGCAAGUUUGAGGAGUUUCCAGAGCUGCGCGCUUUCGGGAACGUGAUGAAGAGGGCGCAGUGUCUGAAGCGCUGCAAGCAGGGGCUGCCCGCGUUCAGGCAGACGCUGCCCAGCAGGGACACCGUGGACGAGUUCGAGCGCAGGGAGCCCUACAGAUACCUGCAGUACGCAUACUUCAAAUCUAACAACCUGGGUAAGGCUGUGUCUGCUGCUCACACGUUCCUGCUGAAGCACCCAGACGAUGUGAUGAUGAAGAGGAACAUGGACUACUACAAGAGUCUGCCUGGAGCAGAGGAACACCUCAAAGACCUGGAGACCAAGUCUUAUGAGACUUUGUUCGUACGUGCGGUGAGGGCAUACAACGGCGACAACUUCCGUACGUCGGUGUCAGACAUGGAACUAGCCCUGAGGGACUUCUUCAAGGUCUACGAUGAGUGUCUGGCUGCGUCUGAGGGCCCAAGAGAUGUCAAAGACUUUAAGGACUUCUACCCCUCCAUAGCUGAUCAUUACAUCGAGGUCCUUGAGAGGAAGGUGACCUGUGAAAGCGACCUGACACCUGUUGUCGGGGGUUUCGUCGUUGAGAAGUUCGUGGCCACCAUGUACCACUAUCUGCAGUUUGCCUAUUACAAAUUGAAUGACCUGAAAAACGCAGUCCCGUGUGCUACAAGCUACAUGCUGUUUGACCCCAGCGAUGACGUCAUGAAGAACAACGUGGCCUAUUACAAGUACCACAAAAGCCAGUGGGACCUAACAGACGAGGACUUCCUCCCUAGACCGGAGGCGGUGCGGUAUCACAAUCAGACCACCAUGCAGCUACAAAUGCUGGACUUCUCAAAGCUACGUCUGAUGAGCGACGACGAGGGGGAGGUGGUGGAGUUUAUAGACGAGUUCCUGGACGAGGAUGAAUAGCCCACGGCGGAGAACACUGAAACACAAUUGGCAAAACACUCCAGAGUUUGUAUUUAUUGGGAUAAUAAAUCUUUAACCUUCA